AUGACGACCAAGACAAAGCAGCGAACCCGGGUCCCAGUCCGCACCCUCCCCUCGUGGAUCCCCACAGUCCCACCCCUCGACGGAGAGGAAAACAUCAACGCGGCAAAGGAAGCCGCGGCCUUUCUUGAGCGCUUCUCCUCCGCCGUCCUCGAGGGCGACUGGGACACCUUUGGAAAGCUCUUUGCCGAGCAGUGUUUCUGGAAGGACCACCUGACUCUCACAUUCGACAAGCGGACGAUCCACACGCGGGACGACGUCGUCGCGGCGUGGGAGGCUCUGUCAAAGACACGCCGUCCCUCGCGGUUCACUUCAGAAAAGGAUGGAGACUUGGAGAUGGACGCCGCGUGGGUGCGGCUGGGGCCCACGUUUGCGACACUCGACGUGCCGUUCAGCUUCCGGACCGAGGCGCCCAAGUCAAAGUGCAUCGGACUCGCGAAGCUCAUUCCCGGGCCAGAGGGCAAGGGUUGGCAGAUUUGCGUCCUGACCACGGCCGUGGUGGAGCUCGAGGAGAAGCCUUUUAGCCAUCUCCCGCGAACGACCCCGUCUUCCAUCGAGGCGUCCCAGCGCGGCAAACCGCACGCGCAGGGUCUUCCCCAUCUCCGAGAGGAAGGGGUCGUCCUGGACGCGGUGAUUGUGGGCGGGAGCUGCACCGGCAUCGCCAACGCGAUCCAGCUCGAUGCGGCUGGGGCCGAUGUCGUCGUGUUCGACGCCGAGGCGCAGGCCGGCGGGAACUGGUCGACGCAACGGUACGAGACCGUCACGCUGCACCACCCGGCUUUUAUGAUCCAGCUGCCGCAGUUCCCGGUGCCCGCCGAGGGGUAUCCCAACUUCCUCACGGGCUUGGAUCUCACGAGGUACUUUUCCGCGGCGGUCGAGGAGCUGCGUCUGCCGUUCUUUGCCGGGGUUGCGGUCGUGAGCAACGCGUGGAGCGAGGCGGACAAGGUCUGGACGGUCCGUGUCAAGGACGUGAAGACGGGGGAGGAGAUGGUCGUCAAGGCCAGAAACGUGCUCCUUGCCAACGGGUUCAUAUUCGACAACGAACACCCCAGGGUGCCCGAGCUCAAGGGCAGGGAGCUCUUCCACGGUCCCAUCCAGCAUACGACGGCGUACCGCAAUCCGAAGGACUACAAGGGCAAGCGCGUCGUCGUGGUCGGGUCGGGCAACUCGGCGCACGACGUUGCGGGGAACCUGGCCUCGGACCCAGAGGUCGAGAGCGUGACGCUGCUCCAGCGCAGCCCGACGGUCCUCCUCGACUUUGCGACUAUUGCGCCCAUCCUCACAAUGCGGUACCAGGGCGACGUACCCAUCGACACGGCGGAUUUCCUGCAGGAGUCCCUGCCAGUCGGGAUCAUGCGGGAUAUGGGCAAAGCGGCCAUUGGCGCCGCGGUCGCGGCGACGGAGGCGAGGAGCAAGGCGCUGGAGGGGCUCGGGUACGUAGUCGACCGGAAUCCAUGCCUGAUGACCAGGGUUUUCGAGGAUAGGGGCAAGGGGUUCUACGUCGACCAGCCGGGGACGUUUGACUUUGUGUUUGGCGGGCGGAUCAAGAUUGCCCAGGGCGAGGCUGUGGGGUUCGUGGAGGAGGGCGUCGUGGUCGUUGACAAGAAGACGGGGAAGGAGAGGGUUGUUGAAGCGGAUGGGGUGGUAUUGGCGACUGGGUAUGAGGUUAUGGACUUGCCAAAGAAGUAUAGGGAUCGUGGGUUCUUUGAUGAAGAGACGGCCGGGAAGCUGGUCAAUGUUAGUAUGUAUGGUGUGGACGAAGAGGGUGAAGUCCCUGGACUCACGACCUUUUCUGGACAUCCGAAUCUCUACUUUGCCGGCGUUGCCAUUGCUCAGAGCCGCACCAGCUCGAGACUCACGGCUGUCCAGGUUCUGGCUGAUAUCACUGGGCAGCUCCCGGAGAGAUAUCCUCGCAACUUCCUAAAAGCCUUGAUGCUGCCGAAAGUCGAGCGGACGACUAUCGCGGGGUCAAUCGAGAUACCCCGCAUCCUCAACGGCCUCUGGCAGCUCGCCGGCGGGCACGACCAAAACAUUGACGUCGCUGCCGCGGCAGAGGCGAUGGUGCCCCUAAUUCAAUCCGGCCUCGACGGCUUCGACAUGGCAGACCACUACGGCCCCGCCGAGCUGGUCAUCGGCCACCACAACCGCACCACCGCCGCCGCCUCUCAACUCCCCGUCACGGCCUUGACAAAAUGGUGCCCCGCCGAGAACGGCGACAGGUCCUUCUCGACGGCGGAGGCGGCGGUCGACCUCGCGCUCGGGAGGAUGGGGCAGACGAAGAUCGCGCUCAUGCAGUACCACGUCUGGGACUACACGGACGACACGUACCUCUGCAACCUCGCGCACCUACGCACCCUCCAACACCAGGGCAAGAUUGCGCACGUGGGGCUGACCAACGUCGACGCGGCGCACGUGGAGCUGCUGCUUCACUCGGGGUACGACAUCGCCACGAACCAGGUCUCAUGCUCCGUCGUCGAUCGCCGUCUGACGAGGGGCCGGAUGGCGGAGGUGUGCGCGCGGCACAGCGUCGGGGUGUUGGCGUACGGGACGCUGCUGGGCGGGUUCCUGACCGACAAGUGGGUUGGGACGCCGGAGCCGGCGGACGGCGGGGCGGGUUUGAAUUGGAGUUUGCGAAAGUACCUACGCUUCAUCCAGGCCGCGGGCGGCUGGGACGUCUUUCAGCGUGUUCUCGGGGCCGUCGCCGACGUUGCGGGGAGGCACGGGGUUUCUGUUGCGGCGGUGGCGAUGAGGUGGGUGCUUGAUAUCCCGGUUGUGAAGGCGGUGAUUAUCGGGGCGAGGUUGAACGGGGAGAGCGGGAGGUAUGCCGCGGACAACCUUGCGGCGUUUGGGUUCUCCCUCGACGAGGAGGACAGGGCAACGAUUGCCGCAGCACAGACGGGGUUGACGGACAUACCCGGGGACUGUGGCGACGAGUACCGGAGACCGCCGUUCCUGACGGCUUCGGGCGACUUGAGCCAUCACAUUGAGGAAAGAGAGGAGAGGUACAAGGUAGAGGCGGCCAUUGCUAGGGGUCACAGGGUCGAGUAUCGCUCGGGCAGCAAGUGGGAGCCAGUAGCCGGCUACUCGCGCGCUGUGCGGAUCGGCGACGUGAUUCGGGUGUCUGGGACGACGGCCAACCCGCCGUCUGAGCUCCGGCCCGGACUUGAGGUGGUCGGAGGGGAGUCUGCUCGAUCCCAGGCGGUUGCGGUGCUCGACACCAUCGAGGGGAGCCUGAAGCGGCUUGGAGGUGGCAUGUCGGACGUGGUCCGGACGAGGGUCAUGCUCCGGCAGGAAGGGGACGUUUUGGAGGUAUCAGAGGCACACGGAUGGGCUUUCAAGUGUCACGGGAUACGGCCGGCUAAUACCACAGUCACGGCUGGGCUGAUUGGGAAUGAGGUGCUCGUUGAGAUUGAAGUUGAGGCAGAGGUGGGCAGCGGCACGUCUAUCUUGGUGUUAGGAGGGGGUAUGUCAUACCGAGUAUGGCAUCUAGUCAACAAGAAGACGGUUCUGCCAAAAUGA